UGAGACUGAAGUUGGGAGGAGUUUUACUUACCUGCUAUUUAAUAGUUACUGACUCAGGAUCAACCCAGUCAGCCAUGGGUCGUCCAGGGAACCAGAUGUGGACAUGUACCUUGUGGGUCUUCUUAUGUGGGAUGUUUGUUGGUCCAACAGUGGCCAGGCCACAUUACAUGGUGACCAUUCCUGCUAUUCUUGAAGCUGGAACUGAGACCAAAUUCUGUGCAAGUCUCAUUGAUCCCAGUGAGACUCUGACCAUGACUGUCUCUAUGAGGUCUGACCAAAACCAUUCAGUCCUUUAUGAGAGGACCUCCAGGGAGGAGUUUCUCGAAUGCAUCCAGUUUCAGGUCCCUUUACUGGAAAAUGAAAAGGUGGCCAUGUUUGAGGUGGAGGUACGAGGAAACACGUUUAACUCUAAAGAAGUCAGAAAAGUCAUGAUCAAAGUCUACCGACCAGUACACCUGAUCCAAACGGACAAACCCAUCUACCUCCCUGGACAGACAGUUCAGUUCAGAGUGGUCUCAAUGGAUUCAAAGUUAAGACCAAUUAAUCAGCUGUACAACUUCAUUGAACUUGAGGAUUCUCACAGGAACAGGAUUGGACAAUGGUUCAAUCAAGCAUCUAACAGCAAAAUCCUGCAGCUUUCCUACCCCUUAAACUCUGAAGCCCGUGAAGGAAUCUAUAAAAUCAAUGUGAAAAUGGGUGGAGAUACGAGCUCUCACACCUUCAAAGUGGAGAAAUAUGUUUUGCCUAAAUUUGAUAUUAAUAUGGAUGUAAAAGAGGAAACCAGUAUUGCACAGGAGGAAUUUGAAAUUAAAGCCUGUUUAAAGUACACAUAUGGACAGCCUGUGCAAGGAAACAUUACAGUCGAGGUCUGUCCACUUAUUAGAUGGGCUACUGGAGUGGUGGAUUCACAAGGAAACUCUCACGUAAAAACUAAUUGUGCGACAAUCGAAAAGCAGACGGACAAAACUGGCUGUGCUAUCGCUGAAUUUAAAAUGUCAAGUUUGAGCAAACUAGACCAUUGGGGCGUUUUAUUUGAUGUUUGGAUAACUGGGAAGGAGGAAGGAACAGGUGUUUCACAAUUGCAAAAGAAGAGGGUAAAGAUUUCCUACGUUAUUGGCAAGCUGGCAUUUGUUGACCCGCCUAGGAUUUAUGAAAAAGGCACAAAUCUGGAGGGAAAAGUCAAGGCUGUUCACUACAACAAUACGCCCAUUUCUCACAUGCCGCUAUAUUUGCUAGAGGGUCGUGUAUGGUCUCCCAAAUUACUGCAGAAUCUCACGACUGACAGCAACGGUUUCGCCACAUUCUCUGUCAGCACAGACAAAUUUUUUGGAGACACUCGCCUGAUUAUAAGUAGCACACCAGAAAUGCUGUACCCACAGUAUAGAACAGCUCACAUUGCCUGGGAAGAACACACCAUUCGUCAGUCCCGACCUCCUUCUGUUGACAUUAAAACAAGCAGCGUCUUGAAGAUAAAGAAGAUUGACUCAACUCUUUCAUGUGAUAAAGAAGUGGACAUCUCCAUUGAUUACACCGUUGUGCAUGAACCACAGGGAUCUAUAGAUAUCGUUCAUUUGGUCUUAUACGGAGGAACUAUUGGCAGUGGAGGACAAAAGCAAGUUCAAAUUGAAGAUAAACCAGUGAAUGAGGGUCAGGUGUCCUUCAGCCUGAACAUUUCUCCAGACAUGGCUCCACUGAUCCAGGUUGUGGCUUACGCUGUCCUCCCCAGUGAGAAUGUGAUUGCUGCCAGUGCUGAGUUCUCCACAGAAAAAUGCUUUAGUAAUAAGGUGUCGUUGGAGUUGUCUCCAUCUCCAGCUGUUCCUGGAGAGGAGAUCAAAUUGCAACUAAUGGCUCAGCCUGACUCCCUGUGUGGUAUCAGUGCCGUCGAUCAGAGUGUCCUCAUCAAGGAACCCGGGAAGACUCUGGAUAAAGAAAAGAUCUUUGGCAUGUUGCCUGUUAAAAAAAUAUCACAUAUACCAUACCAAGUCCAAGAUGAAGAUCGUACAGAAUGUUUGAAUGUGAGGCCAAGGAGAUAUGUUUUACCACAUCCAGGAAAUGAAGAGGAACCCGAUACUGUUUUCCAGAAUGUAGGACUGAAAACAGCAACAAAUCUGGUAAUGAGACUACCCAGUUGUCUCAGGUUCAAGGGAAGAUAUUAUGCACAACCCAAUGGUAACUUUUGGCCUGUACCUGACCUGUACUUGAAAAUAAUGCAUUCGCCAGGUAUUGUUGGAUUAUCUGCAGCAGGCCCUGGUAUGGAGCCUGAACCAGUAAAAACAGUUCGCACUUUCUUCCCUGAGACCUGGAUAUGGGACCUUAUGGAGACUGGACCUUCUGGGACGAAGGAUGUGUCCUUCACUGUCCCAGACACCAUCACCACCUGGGAGACAGAGACUUUCUGUUUGUCCUCUCAGGGUUUUGGUUUGGCUCCUCGUCAGAAUCUCACCGUCUUCCAGCCCUUCUUCCUGGAGCUCACCCUGCCCUACUCUAUAAUCCGGGGGGAGAACUUUGAAAUGAAGGCAACCGUCUUUAACUACCUGACAAAGUGCAUUAUGGUUAAAGUGAUAGCAGAGCAAUCCUCAGAUUACACCCUCACGCCCCUCUCUGGGGACCAGUACACAUCCUGCCUUUGUGCCAACGAGCGGAAGACUCUCAGCUGGACCCUGACAGCUACAGCUUUAGGGGUUGUAAAUGUGACCGUGUCUGCUGAGGCCAUUCCAUCUCAGGCUUCUUGUGACAAUGAGAUUGUGAGCAUCCCAGACAGAGGCCGCAUCGAUGUUGUCACCCGUCCUCUAAUUGUCAAGGCUGAAGGAGUUGAAGUGGUAAAGACACACAACUGGCUGCUCUGCCCCAAAGGUCAGUAA